ACCAGUAGCAUAUAGUUUUUCUUGUGUUUGCCAUGGUGGACGUGUCGAACUUUGUAGAAGCCAAUGGCAAUGCAGCAGUAUCGAUUCCUGCCAUGGAAGUUGCUGGGAGUCCUCACGUCCCGUUCGUUCCUCGGGACGCGAACGCGACAGACAGCAAGAAUGCCAAGGACGUCCUCGACCUCUGGCGGCAGCAGAAACAAAUCCCGGCUCCCUUCAUCUGGCCCCACGCCGACGCGCGGCCGUCGUCGAUCUUGGAGCUGGACGUGCCCGUGGUCGACAUCGGCGCGGCCCUGCACAGCGCCGCCGGGAUGGCCCGCGCCGCGGCGCAGGUGGCCGAGGCAUGCGCGAGCCACGGCUUCUUCCAGGUGACCGGGCACGGCGUCGACCCCGCGCUGGCCCAAGCAGCGCUCGACGGCGCAGCGGACUUCUUCCGCCUGCCGCUCGCCACCAAGCAGCGCGCCCGCCGAUCCCCGGGGACCGUCAAAGGGUACGCCUCCGCCCACGCCGACCGCUUCGCCGCCAAGCUUCCCUGGAAGGAGACUCUCUCCUUCAUCCACAACCACGUCCACGAGGACGUCGGCGCCCGCGCAAGCAGUCACGUCGUCGACUACUUCACCUCCGCCCUUGGCGACGACUUCAUGCACCUAGGGGAGGUGUACCAGGAGUACUGUGAGGCGAUGGAGGACGCGUCGCUGGCGAUAAUGGAGGUGCUGGGGGUGAGCCUGGGGCUGGGGAGAGGGUACUACAGGGACUUCUUCGCCGACGGCAGCUCCAUCAUGAGGUGCAACUACUACCCGCGGUGCCCGGAGCCGGACCGGACGCUGGGGACGGGGCCGCACUGCGACCCGUCGGCGCUGACCAUCCUGCUGCAGGACGGCGAGGUGGACGGGCUCCAGGUGCUCGUCGACGGCGCAUGGCGCUCCGUGCGGCCCAAGCCCGGCGAGCUCGUCGUAAACAUCGGCGACACCUUCAUGGCGCUGUCGAACGGCCGGUACAAGAGCUGCCUCCACCGCGCGGUGGUGCACCGGGAGAAGGAGCGCCGGUCGCUGGCCUACUUCCUCGCCCCGCAGGAGGACCGGGUGGUUCGCCCGCCGCCUUCGCCGGCGCCGGCGCCGCGGCUCUACCCGGACUUCACCUGGGCGGAGCUCAUGCGAUUCACGCAGCGCCACUACCGCGCCGACGCCCGCACGCUCGACGCCUUCGCGUGCUGGCUCGACCUGCCCAGCUGCCCCGCCACGCCCCAGGCCCAAGGGACUGUCUAGUGUGUGUGAUGUAUCAUCUGUCUCAGCUGUUGUAUACGACCACUUGUGUCUGCUAGCUCUGCGCUUGUGUUUCUUAUGUGAGCUAACUAACUAAAUAGUGUGUAUAUUUCUUGCCGCGCCUUAUGCAAGCCCUAGUCUAGAACAUGUAAUAAUUAACUUAAGCAUAUACGUUGAUCUUUGUGUGUAUUUUUCAUAUUUCCUUCAUAAUGAAUAAUCUAUUAUGCACUUUUGAAUCGA